AUGUCCAAACUACAGUUGCUGAAUGUGUUCGUUACCGAGCGUUUGUCGGCGGCUGCUGUGGAGAUAUUCGGGGCCGUAGAGAAGACUAUAGCGGGGUAUCGGGAAGAAAUCUUCCGUUCAGCAGAGGAGAACGAGCGUCUACGGAGGGAGAUGGACAUGAUUAUCAAAUCAGAGAUACAGUUAUACAGAACAGACUUCCAGCUACUCACUCCCUCUGUUCCCCCUGAGCAGCAGAACUGUGAUCAGGAGUGGAGCCCCAGUCUGGGGCAGGAGGACCCAGAACCCACACAGAUUAAAGAGGAACAACAGGAGUUCAGAUUCAGUCAGGAAGACUCACCUCAGCCCUCACAUCAUUACCAAAACCAAACUGUGGAUGAUGGAGAGAGGAGCACUCUACCUAUCAUCAUAACUGAAGAGAUCAAAAUAGAACCUGAUGUAGAGGGCUACAGAGGACCACAACCAACCAGUGAUCAGCCCCUCUCAGUUCAUCAGGACUGCUCUGCUACACUGGAAAAACCAUAUUGGUGUCAACAAUGUGGCAAAAGCUUUACACGUAAGGGAAACUUGACCUUGCAUUUAAAGAUACACACAGGAGAGAAACCUUUUCUGUGCAAACAAUGUGGAAAACGGUUUAACCAGAAGAGCAACUUGACCAUCCACACAAGGGUACACACAGGAGAGAAUCCCUAUCAGUGCAAACAAUGUGGCAAAAGAUUUAACCAUAAGAGCAACUUGACCAGCCAUGCAAGGAUACAUACAGGAGAGAAUCCGUAUCAAUGGAAAGCUAUUUAAGACUUCAUCAGUGUGUUCACACGGGAGAAAUCUAACCAGUGCAAAUAAUGUUGCAAAAGCUUUGGUUAUUUUUUCAUUUAUUUUUUAUUUCACCUUUUAUUUAACCAGGUAGGCAAGUUGAGAACAAGUUAUCAUUUACAAUUGCGACCUAGCCAAGAUAAAG